AUGAAAUCAAUUAUGGUUGCUCUAGUUUUAAUUGCUUGUUUUACGGUUGUUAGUUGUAAUUUUAUUAGUCGAAAAUGUAAAUGUACAGCUGUGUCGAACACUGUUCAUUAUCCAUUUCAUGACUGGGAGCAAUCGUCGUGCAAAUUUUGUUCAUGUAGUGAUCCAGCAGUGGUAAAUUGUCAAGCUGCUUGUAAACGUAUUGUUCAAGACUAUGCUGAAUCAGGAUGUGGUAAAGUUGUUAAAGGAUCAAUAGUCAAACAUAAAUGGGAUGCUGGCAACUGUGGCGGAGGAAUUUCGUCCGAAGAAUAUACAUGUGCAUAA